ACUCAUUACAUGUGUGUGAGAAAAGAUAAAACAGAAAGUGCCGACGAACCUUACGGUCUGUUUUUUUGUUUAUUUUCUCUGGGUGGUAGCUGUCAAAUUACUGCAUCUUGAUAAUCAUGACGUCAGCGUUCAUCAAAGAGGAGCUUGCGGACGUGAAAAAGAGGUGUCUACAAGAGAUACAAGGAUCUGAAAUCAUCGCCUGUCAUCCGGUCUCAGUUAGAAUCAGAAUGACGAGAACUGAAUUCAAGAAGUUAGAGGCUUGUCUCCAGUUUUCUGAAGGUUACCCCAAUACCGUCAUCGUGGUCGAGAUAAAGAGUAAGACCAUUCCGGAGAAGCUAUGUGAAGGACUUGCCAGGAUAUGUGAUGAGGAAGCCAAGAAGAUACUAGGACAGCAACAGGUAAUGCACAUGCUGAAAUUUAUACGUCAAUUCAUCGAUGAUAACCCCUUUACACCAUGCAGCAAUGAGCUGACAUACAUCAAGAAAGAACUUGUCAUGGAACAAGACACGUUUAAGACCAAGCAGAAGGCAGGGGUUAUAAUCUACACGAUAAAGAUGUCUGAUUACUACUUUAAGGUCAAGUUGACCGUACCAGACAACUACCCCGAGGAACCUGUUAUAAUUGAAGAAACUGGAAACAAUUUUCCCGCCAUUUUCAUCAAGAUGUUCAAAUCACAGUCAGAGGAGAUAGCCAGGCAAUGUGUGACACCUCCCCUCAAAAAGAAUCCAAAAGACCCACCAUUCCAGUUCAAGCCCUCUCUCCAGCCAGUGUGUAAAUUCUUGGUCACCGACUGUGUACGCAAAUACCCCGUAGAAAUAUGUCAUUUAUGUAAUGAGAAGGCCUUCCCUAAGAAACCAGAGCAUGUUGUGAAUGAACCUAUGCAUGGAAGGCAUGUAGAAUGGAUGUACUGUGGGCACUUAUUCCAUCACGGUUGCUUAGACGACUACAUGACAACGCCACCGUUUACAGGAGGAAAGAAAUGUCCGAAAUGUGGGAAGAGACUUUAUCACAAUAAAUGGAAUGUGACGCCCAAGCUAGCGGAAGACAGAUGGGCCCACCAUCAAGCACGGCAACGAGAGCUCGAAGAAGUAACAGACUUUUUGCAAUAGGAUUUUUUUUUAAGUUAAUAAGCAAUGACUGUAAAUAUAGCAGGAUAGUAUCGUGUAUAUGGGUGAUGCCGGUCACCAGUGAACUUCCCGAACACCAACUGUGACCUCUGAACUGAUGCUAGUUUAAUUUGCUACAAGCAGAAUUAGUCAUCGCCUACAAAGAGACUGUUGGACAGCCACUGGAACCAGAGGUGCAACAUGACAAUUAGACCUGGGCGACAAGCGAAAUUUACUUCUCAACUAGUCGCGCCUCAAAUAGUCACAACUUUGAUGCUAGUCACGACUAAUUUUUCAUUCCCAAGAUGCAUUCAAUUCAUGUAUUACAGCAUACUGUUUGCCACACACAGCCGCAAUAUAGUAAAAUUCAUGCUGAAGGGAUUGGAGGAUUGUGUCACUGAUGUCCGAUUGUGAUUCGUGAGUAAAUUACGUUGUCGUGAUUAGUCGUGAGAGAAACAAUUGGUUAACCAAACAAGGACUAUUUUUGUAGUACAUGUAGUCAUGGCGGCAUGAUUACCCGAGUAGUUGAAAAACAGUAACCGCAACUUGACUAAGCAUACAACAGUCGCAACUACGACACUAAUCACCAAGGCUUAGUGUAAGUCGAUUUGUGGGCCUGAAUUUUCAGGUAUCGAGUUCUACACUCGGUACUUGUAUCUCAGGUUUGCAGAGAAAUGGCGUCUUUUUAGGGCCAGUUGGUCAAUAAGUUAAAAAAGCUACCCGAAAGACAUUAGCUUGGAGGAAAACAAAAACAGAAUUUUAACAAAGGAAGGAUCGAAGUAAUUGAGAUCGUCGUCACAACAUCAGGAGUUUUAUUCGUUGAAAUAAUUAUGAGCAAGUAGGACGGUCGGGUCCAGCAAGAUUUUUAUAGGGGCAAUUUAUUUUAAGAAAAUAUUAUAUAUCAAAAAUGUUACUCACAGCGGUAACAAGCAUUUCCUUUGUUAAAGUAUCGGACUUGAUCCAAGUAUUUGAAUCCUUGGCUAUGCCACUAUUAAAGAGGUUUUUAGAAAUAAAUUAUUGAUGCAAAUACAUGUUUAUUUAUCCUCCAUUAUUUAAACAAACUGAGGAACAUACCAUCUUGCGAGUGAUUUUACAUGUAGGCAAGGCUUAGUUUGAUGGCUUCGGGUGGCGCUGUGCUUGGAUUGCUGGAACGUCCUGGGCCCAAUUUCAUGGCUCUGCUUAUCACCAAUUUCUGGCUAGCUAAGAGUAGCUAGUAACGUGGAGUAUGCACAAGCAAAAAUGUUGUGCUAACCUGUGAAAUAUGCUUGAUGUAAUUCCUGUUUCUGUAAGCACCAAUUCGUUGCUCAGGGAAAGCAGAGCCAUGAAAUUUGGCUCGGUCUUAAACAUUGUUGUUGCAGCCAUAGCCUUAGUCGGUUAGACAAGGUCAUAACUACUGCUAUAAUAAGCACUCAACUUUUUCCUAUCAACUCACCAUGGAAAAGUUGCCAGAUUUUAAGAGUGUAUUAUCAAUUUUCAUCAAAUUGAAUAAUGUUUCUAAAUGGUUAUUUUCAUAGAUCACCUCUUUACAAUUUCUUGUAUUAAACAGCAUUUUUUAAGAAGCUCUCAGAUUGAAUCUUACUAAUAAUUAAAGCAUGUAUGAUAUGGAUUUCAGACUUAUAACCUUCCCUUCAACUAGGCCUUGAAAUCACCAAGGGCACCCAUGACAAAUGUCGUAGUGCCCUGUGCUUUUGUGCCCUAUGCAAAGUUCCAAUACAAACUUAAUACAGCAAUUUGCUUGUCCUGCAAAUGAACUUUCAGCAUUUGCUUUGUUUACUUUAAUUGAGGAAUUCUAAAAGACAAUGUCAUGAAGCAGACGUCACCUUGACAAAACCAGGCUCAAAUAACCCCAGAUGAUCAAUCGGCGAUGACGAUUCCGUGGUGUAGACUCAAUUUCAAGUACAUAAAGUGCAUAGAAGAAAUCAUGAUAACCCACCAUCAUUGCAUACUUGAAUAUCGGAAUGCUCAAACUUGCCUCCAAUUGAAUCAAAUACUUUCUUAUAUGCCAAUAUUUGUAUUUGUUUACAACAACCACUGGAAAAAGGAAAAUGUGCUCUCCUUAGUACAGGAGAAAAACAAAUCAGAGCACAGAAGGUGCAUGCAUGUGCAUGCAGCACAAUACAAAGUUCACACAUGGAUAUUCACUGAAAAAAAUUCAGGGUACUGUGAAACUGUACCUGGUAUUAAAAAAAAACAUCUGCCGUAAGUCGCCAGUUCAGAAAACUUCAGCUACAUGUAAUAAUAAACAAACCAUCUGCAGGAAGUGGUAGCCACCGUUAAAGAUUGAACUGGAAUCUUGAAGUGAACUCAAGUGGUCUCCAACUCAAAAUAUUACAAUUACAAAGACUUGAUCAUUUUAUAGUUUAUAAAUGUACAGUAAAUUGUGCAAGGAAUUUGCAACUAUUUUACUUCAAUAAAAUAAAAACUUUUACAAUAUGGUGCAAGUUUA